UGAUGAGUCACAAGGCCAAGGUCACCUGCUGAUCAAAACAGUUAAGCUGGCGUUCUCGGUUACCAAUAAUGUCAUCCGGUUGAAACCCCCCUCUAGUGUGGUGUCUCCGUUGGAACAGGCACUUACUCAGCAUGGUGCUCAUGGAAACAAUCUUAUAGCGGUCUUGGCCAAAUAUAUCUACCACAAGUAUGACCCUGCACUUCCACGCCUGGCCAUCCAGUUGCUCAAACGACUGGCUACGGUUGCUCCCAUGUCUGUUUAUGCCUGCCUUGGCAGUGAUGCUGCUGCCAUCCGUGAUGCCUUCCUCAUCCGCCUGCAGAGCAAGAUUGAGGACAUGCGUAUUAAGGUCAUGAUACUGGAAUUCCUCACAGUUGCGGUGGAGACACAACCUGGGCUCAUUGAGCUGUUCCUGAACUUGGAAUUGAAGGAUGGCAGUGAGGGGUCAAAGAAAUUCAGCUUAGGGGAGUGGAGUUGCCUCCAAGUAGUCUUAGAGUUGAUAGACUCCGAACAACAGGAGAGGUACUGGUGCCCUCCUCUCUUGCAUCGUGCUGCCAUUGCCUUCCUGCAUGCUCUGUGGCAGGACCGUCGAGAUAGUGCCAUGCUAGUUCUGGGUACAAAGCCAAAGUUUUGGGAAAAUUUAACCAGUCCUCUCUUUGGGACCCUUCCUCCACCUUCCGAAUCAUCAGAGCUCAGUGUCUUGGAUACCUGUGCCUUAAUCAUGAAAAUCAUCUGUUUGGAGAUCUACUAUGCUGUCAAGGGCUCACUGUGUCAGUCCCUGAAAGACACGCUGAAGAAUUUCUCCAACAAAAAGCGCUUCACCUAUUGGUCAGAAUAUGUGAAGUUUCUGGCACAUCACGUGGCAGAGACGGAGGGUGCCAGCUGUGCCUCCAUGGCAGAAUAUGAAAUACUGAUCUCAGCCUGGCGGAUGCUGCUGAUCAUCUCUGCUAGCCAUGCAGAUAUAAUGCAUCUGACCGAUUCUGCAGUUCAUCAGCAGUUGUUUCUGGAUGUGCUAAAUGGGACCAAGGUUUUGCUUCUAGUUCCCACGUCAGAAUCCUGUCUGCAUCUGGGGUCUAUGCUAUGUACCCUUCUUCUGAUCCUGCUCAAACAGUGGAAGAGUGAAUUGGGUUCUGUGGAUAAAAUCAUAAACUCCUUGAUGCAGAUUCUGGAGGGAAUACUACAGACAGAUAAGCAGACGAUGGAGAAAAGCAAAGCCAAAGUGUUCUCAGCUCUUAUCACCGUGCUGCAAAUGAAGGCGAUGAAAGUGAAUGAGAUUCCACAGUACUCCCAGCUGGUGUUGAGCGUGUGUGAAACACUCCAAGAUGAGGUCAUUGCGCUCUUUGAUCAGACUCGACACACCCUGACCUCCGGAGAUGCUGCAGAUGACAGGGACAGCAUGGAAACAGAUGAUGCCUCCCGACUUAAACACAAAGACCAGCGAGAUGGGGUGUGUGUUCUGGGUCUGCAUUUGGCUAAAGAGCUCUGUGAAGUUGAUGAAGAUGGAGACUACUGGCUACAGGUUACUAGGAAAGUCCCUGUGCUUCCUACUAUCUUUGCUGCAUUGGAGAUCAGCCUGAGAGUUAAACAAAACCUUCACUUCACAGAGGCCUCAUUACAUUUGCUGCUGACCUUAGCAAGGACUCAACAGGGAGCAGCAGCAGUGGCUGGAGCUGGCGUCACGCAGAGUGUCUGCCUGCCCCUCUUGAGCGUGUACCAGCUCAGCACUAACGGAGCCAUUCAGACAUCUGCUUCGUCUCGAAAGUCUCUGGAUGCCCCCUCUUGGCCUGGGGUCUAUCGUCUCUCCAUGUCACUGAUGGAACGCCUUCUUAAAACACUCAGAUACAACUUUCUGACAGAAGCACUGGACUUUGUCGGUGUCCAUCAAGAGAGGAUUCUUCAGUGCCUGAACGCAGUACGGACAGUACAGAGCUUGGCCUGUCUGGAAGAGGCCGACCACACUGUUGGCUUCAUUCUUCAGCUCUCAAAUUUCACAAAGGAGUGGCAUUUCCACCUGCCACAGCUUAUGAGGGACAUGCAGGUGAAUCUGUGUUACCUGUGUCAGGCCUGUACCUCCCUCCUGCACAGCCGCAAAAUGCUCCAGCACUACCUGCAGACAAAAAAUGGUGAUUCCCUUCCAUCAAGUGUUACUCCACGAGUGCAGCGUAAUCCCCAAGCCUCAUCCAAACAUCCGAGCCCUGAGUCAGAGGCAGCAGAGCAGAAAGCACUGCUUACAGUGCAGUACAGCCUCUUGAAAAUCCUCAGCAAAUCUCUUGCUGCUCUGCGCCAUUUCACCCCUGAUGUCUGCCAGAUCCUCCUUGAUCAGUCACUGGACCUUGCUGAGUACAACGUGCUCUUCGUUUUGAGUUUCACCACACCAGCCUUUGAUUCAGAUGUCGCGCCUUCCUUUGGGACCCUCCUUGCCACAGUCAACGUGGCCCUUAACAUGUUGGGAGAGCUGGAUAAGAAGAAGGAACCUUUCCCUCAGGCUGCAGGGCUGAAUACGCAAGAGGGAACAAAAACCCUGAAGUCUCUGCUCAUGUUUACAAUGGAAAACUGUUUCUACCUGCUCAUCUCCCAGGCUGUUCGGUACUUGAGAGACCCAGCUGUGCAUCCCCGUGAUAAGCAGCGGAUGAAACAGGAGCUCAGCUCUGAGCUGAGUACGCUGCUCUCCAGCCUGUCUCGUUACUUCCGCCGCGGUGGUCCCUCUUCACCUGCCAGCGGAGUUCUUCCGUCUCCCCAAGGAAAGUCUGCCUCCAAGCUGGGUCCUGAGGGGCAGGAGCCUUUGUUUCAGCUCGUGCAGGCCUUUGUCCGGCACGUGCAGAGAUAGAUUCUACCCUGCCCCAGCCUCCCUUUUCAGGACUUGCAGCGGAACAAUUCACAUCCACCGCGGAAGGCAUCACCUUUGGCAGAGCUCGUAACAAGGACUGGGAGAGGGAGGGCGGCCUGGCGUGGGCGGUGGUGUAAACCAAGCUGUAACAUCAGCAGCCAGAUCCCGUUGAACUCGUGCAACCCAGUAGCAGAGCGAAUGUCAGGAGAGCCAAGAGCGGCUCUCCAGUGAUCAGCCCACGUGCACAGCCUGCCCUCUGCAUCUGCCAGAGCAUCCUGGCUGGGUAUAGUGCUGAACAGCCAAAACCUUUAUUUUUAUAGCUUGUACCUCAGCUGGGGACGCUGUGGCUGGAGGGAGAGGGGAGACAAACUUUCCGCUGGGCAUUAGCUCUGCUCUUAACACAAGGUGCAAGCUGCCUCUCCUUCGCAGUCAGAGUCCGGUCAAGGCACAACCAAGGGAUCAGCCAGCAAUUCAGAGACCAUCUUUCUACUGCUAUUUUUGUACGGAAUGGUUCAAGGCGAGAUGGUGUAUGUGUGCUCACGCCUUCCCCUCACCCUGCAGUCUGUGUGUUGUGUGUGUUUCUGAAGAGCAAGGCCUCACGCAAUAUUUUUAAGUCAAAAUUCCAUUGCUCCAGUCUUGCAGUUUUUUGUAACUGUGCCCUAUUUAUACUGAUAUUAAAACCUUUAUAGACAGCA